GGCAGCGGCCCCGAUGGGCAGCACAGCGCUGGAGGGCGGCCCGCGGGGGCUGCGGGCACUGACCGGGUGCCUGCUGGGCGCCCUGGUGCUGGGCACACUGCUGGGCAAUGCGCUUGUGUGCCUCGCCGUCCUGCGCUUCCGCCACCUCCGCAACAAGGUCACCAACUCGUUCGUGCUGUCGCUGGCCGUCUCGGACCUCUGCGUGGCCGUCCUGGUGAUGCCCUGGAAGGCGGUCACUGAGGUGGCUGGAGGCUCCUGGCUCUUCGGCAGCCACUUUUGUGACACCUGGGUGGCCUUCGACAUCAUGUGCUCCACCGCCUCCAUCCUCCACCUCUGCAUCAUCAGCCUGGACCGGUACUGGGCUAUCGCCAGCCCCUUCCGCUACGAGCGCAGGAUGACGCAGCGCCUUGCUUGUGCCAUGAUAGCCCUGGCCUGGGCUCUCUCCAUCCUCAUCUCCUUCAUCCCGGUGCAGCUACGCUGGCAUAAAGCCAAGGACACUAGAGAUCCAGGCUCCUGGCUGCCUGGGACACCCCGCUGUGAUGUCAGGUUGAACCGUGCUUAUGCCAUCACCUCCUCCCUUAUCAGCUUCUACAUCCCCGUGGCCAUCAUGAUCAUCACCUAUAGCAGGAUCUGCAGAAUUGCCCAGGCCCAGAUCCGCCGCAUCUCCACCCUUGAGAGGGCAGGGGGGCAGUGGCCAGUUGCUGGCAGGGAGCCCAGCUCCUCUCUGCGGAGCUCCUUGCACAAGGAGACCAGGGUGCUGCAGACCCUUUCCAUCAUAAUGGGAGUCUUUGUUUGCUGCUGGCUGCCCUUCUUCCUGCUGAACUGCCUGCUGCCUUUCUGCCAGCCCAGCCUCGAGGGACACCCUGAGGGACAGUCACUCUGCAUUGGCCAAACCACCUUCAACGUCUUUGUGUGGUUUGGCUGGGCCAACUCUUCAGUAAAUCCAGUCAUCUAUGCUUUCAAUGCAGACUUCAGGAGGGCUUUCAGCAACCUCUUGGGCUGCCGGUGCUGCUGCUGUGGCACACCCAAAUCCCCUGUGGAGAGGGUCAACUUCAGCAAUGAGCUGGUUUCCUAUCACCGUGACACCACCUGCCAGAGGGAAGGAGCUGUCCCAUCACUGGUACCUCCUGCUGCCAUCACUGCCUGGGUGCAGCCCGUGCCCCGUGCCAUAAGCCUCCAGGGAGAGGACAGCAGUGAGGAGAUGUCUAUGGAGAAGAGGGUUGUGGCUUCUCAGACACAGACUGCCCCUGGCAGCAGCCCCAAGAGUUGUCAAGUGCCAGCUAUCUUGCAAUUGGAUUGCAAGGCAAAGCCAUCCCUGGAAGCUGUUGCAUGCUCUACAGACAGGACUUGGUCAGUGUGAGGGAUCCCACUGUCUUGUUUCAGAGGGAUGAGUGAUUAAACACUUCUCACACACAGCCACCACACAGGGAGAGUUCUCCCUGUCUCCAUCUAAGUUCCCCAGCAACAAAAGUCCCAAUCCAGAGGGAUGGGAAAGCACUGCUCUUGCCACAGAAGGGUGAUAGGCAUAUGGAGUCCAUUCCAAAGGCACAUAGCAGCCACACAUCAACCUCUCCCUAUUGUCACCUUCACCCCUACUCUCACAGUCAUUAUACAUCUUCCAUGCAUUUGUUCACCCCCAUUCUGCAAUCACAUUUGAGGUAUGUAUUAAGAAUAGUGAGGUAAUCAGAUCAAAGUAAAAACAACUCAUAGUUCAGGCAGCCUAUCCCUCCAGAAAGUAGAAAUAUAUGAUGAUCCACAAAAUAAUGUGACCAGGUCGUCUCUGUCAACCCAUUUCACUACUUGCAAACAUGAAGAGCAACAAAAGGCAGAGCAAAUAGGUGUUGGAUGGCUUGCAGGAAAGACAAUACUGGGAAAACUUUAUGAUGAUUCCUGUGUGUGUAGAAGGGUCCAGCAGAUAUUAAGGCAAUACAGUGGCAUCUCAUCUGUUUCUCUGUCCACUAUUUAAAGUUUCUGCUGCUGACUGUUUAAUACUGUGCUCCACUAACCACCAUCCUUACCCCAUUUUUUCUGUCCCUCACCUAUGAUGGAUUUGCUUUGAUUUAUCUCAGGAAGAUGAUGAAGAUGUAACUGUCCAGAAGGAGACAUUAAGAAUGCUUACAACUGAAGAGUUCUCUUGGGCAUUGUCUCAUGGAUGGCACAGAUGAUAGUUUUCAGAACAGUGAUCUGUGCUGAAAGGACAGCAACAGAAAAGAGACUCUUCUCCCAGUGAUCCUGCUUCCUGUGAUUUUAAACCGUGUGUAGUCCUUAAGUCCCUGUAUGCAUUUUCCCCAUCAUUAAUUCUUAUGAGAAAAUAUGCUCUUGCUGUCCUGCUCUCUUCAGGAAUAUAUCCUUGGGGAAUACUUGGGUGUGACUGCAAUCUGUUCGUGGGCUACACUGGCAGGACAAGAGGUAAUAGGCUGUAAGGCAGACCAAGGCAAGAAUUUGGAAAAACUGUCUAAGAAUAAGGAUAAUUAAGCACUGGAGUAGAUGGCCCAGGCAAAUUGUGACAUUUCUCUAGUGAAAUGACUGUAAGCUUCUGUCACAUAUGACAGUGACAAUGCUGAUCCUGUCUUGGGGCAGAGGCACAGAGUAAUGGUCUGGAGAUAAUCUCUAGUCUUGCUCCACUAUGACAACAUCUCCUUAAGAAGCAUUGAACUUAAGAUGUUUGGCUGUGGGUUUUUUUUUCAUGCAACUACCCUUAGAUAUUUUCUUGAAGGCAAAAAAAAAAUACAGAUAAGAACUUUGAGAUGCCAUUGGUAUACUUCC